AUGCCCCCGCCAUUGGUUGAACCGAUUCUUCUCUAUGGCUUUUGCUUCAUUAGGCAACAGGACCAGCGCUUCAAUCAGCAGUGGGCAUGUGCUUGGCUGACGAGCUGGUACUCCGAUGAAGGUUAUCUAGCUGCCGUCGAAGACCCUAGCAAGAGACGAGAGAUCAGGUACGGCAACAACAUCGCUGUGCUCUUUCGUGUCCUCCUCCACCUCAGGCAGUUUUAUGGCCAGGAUGGUCUAUGGUCAGCCAUCGGUCGUGGCUUUAAUACGAGCCCGACCAUUGCACGAACCACGGCUGAAAUACUCACCGAUGCCCGGAGGAUUCAGCGCGACAAGCCCGGCAGGGAGCCCUCCGAGGCAGCCCGCGCUGUCGAUGAAUGGAUGGAAUUCCUGGACAGCCGUCGAACCCAUCCGCGCAUGCUGACUGAUCCGGAACUCUUUAAACAAGCCGAAGCCUUCUUCAAGAGCCAAGAGAAGAAGAUGGAAAACGCUGCAAGAGUGCCCAUCAACUUACAUGCCACGCUUCAAUUUGACGCCUACCGCCCGACUGCUGCGGAUGACAAGGCCCAUCUAUCCCCACGUUUGCCGCCCACGCCCAUCAAGCGUGAGAGCCCAUCAAGCAACCUCGACAAGAAUCCCCUGGUUAAGCCCACUAGCAAGCGCUCUGCAUCCCCAAUUCCGCCUGAGCGUAGUUCCAAGACCAGGCGCUCCGACCAUCCCACCAACGGGGUCUCGACUGGACCUGAUUCACAGCAACAGCAAUAUCAGACACGCCAUUCUAAGCAGGAGAGCUCCGGGCAUCUGGGCAAUGCCAAACCAGUACCCGUAAAGUCGCAGCCUGACGCGCACGAGGGGAGGAAAGAUGCCUCCAACAAGGCUUAUCAAACCUCUGACAAAGAUAUCUCCGUGCUAAAAGCUCGGAUUACAGAAUUGGAAUCAAGAUUAGCUGAGGCUAAGAGCAAACAAAACGUGAUAACUGCAACCACUCCUGAAAAGCUCGGACUGGACAUCACGGAAUUGAAAAAGGAGAUGGAUACUGCGACCAACGCCAUCGGAACUAUGAUGGAAUCAAUGCACGACAUUGUCGACAGCUUGAAUUCGCUACGCGACGAAGUUGCGGGGCUAACAAAGCAGCAGAAUAAGCUUGCAACAGACCAUCAAGCGAACGGGGCUCACGCGCUUCUGGGCGCUAUGCAGACUAUUACAAAUAGCCUUGAGCUGUUGAAAGUAGAGGUCACCCAGCUCAAGAUGCAAGCUGCUGCUUCACAACAGCCAGCGCCGCCUUCAUCUGCGCCUCGAUAUGACCCGGAGGUUAAAACACUGCUUCAAGAGCAAAACGCCCUAAUCGACAAGCUUGGCCGGGAAAUGGCCAGAAUGCAAACCCAAACACCCCCUACCCAUCAACGACAGUCGCCACAGAACAUCCAGCAAGCAAUGGCGGAUGCUGAGCGCGACCUUAAACAUCAUCUCGCCGUCGUUGAGAGCCUUUACCAUCAACUAGACAGUACUCGCGGAGCUAGUCGUAUGGUUACCGAGCGGACGGCAGAUUUUCUCGCGACCCUGCAGCAGAGCGUACACAGCGCACAGAUUGGCCUGCGGGGGAGUUGA